CAGUCAUUCCCAAGGAAUGACACUGUUUCCUUAUCUGGCUCAAUUCAGUCUGAGAAGAAGGACUGUUGUUUCUGAUGAAGAAAGAGCUCCACCCUCAGCCACUGCCACAGCUGCUCUGCCAAUAACAAAGGCACAGCAUUUUCCCUCUUUGUGCAUCUCCAACAUGGAUGCUUUUCAGGGCAUUUUAAAAUUUUUCCUUAAUCAGAAAACUGUUAUUGGCUACAGCUUCAUGGCUCUGCUGACCGUGGGAAGUGAGCGUCUCUUUUCUGUUGUGGCUUUUAAGUGCCCCUGCAGCACUGAGAAUAUGACCUAUGGGCUGGUUUUCCUCUUUGCUCCUGCCUGGGUGUUACUGAUCCUGGGAUUCUUUCUGAACAAUAGGUCAUGGAGACUCUUCACAGGCUGCUGUGUGAAUCCCAGGAAAAUAUUUCCCAGAGGCCACAGCUGCCGUUUCUUCUACGUCCUUGGCCAGAUCACUCUGAGCUCAUUGGUGGCUCCAGUGAUGUGGCUUUCUGUGGCUCUGCUCAAUGGAACUUUCUAUGAAUGUGCCAUGAGCGGGACAAGAAGUUCGGGACUCCUGGAACUGAUUUGCAAGGGUAAGCCCAAAGAGUGCUGGGAAGAACUUCACAAAGUUUCUUGUGGCAAAACCAGCAUGCUACCCACCAUCAAUGAAGAACUGAAACUGUCCCUUCAGGCCCAGUCUCAGAUUCUAGGAUGGUGCCUGAUUUGUUCAGCAUCUUUCUUCUCUCUGCUCACCACAUGUUAUGCUCGCUGCCGAUCUAAAGUUAGCUACCUUCAGCUGAGUUUUUGGAAGACAUAUGCACAAAAGGAGAAGGAGCAGUUGGAAAACACAUUUCUGGACUAUGCCAACAAGCUGAGCGAGAGGAACCUGAAAUGCUUUUUUGAAAACAAGAGGCCAGAUCCUUUUCCCAUGCCUACGUUUGCUGCCUGGGAGGCUGCUUCAGAGCUGCAUUCUUUCCACCAAAGCCGGCAACACUACAGCACCCUCCACAGAGUGGUGGACAAUGGUCUGGAACUUAGCCCUGGGGAUGAUGAGACGACAAUGGUCCUUGUGGGUACUGCCCACAAUGUGUAGCUCAUCCACCAUCACUGACUCAUGGUGCUGAGUGGAAGGCUCAUUUUGGGAUCCUCCUAUCACCAGUAACCUGUGUAUCUCUGUAUUUUCUUACAUUUGGAGUAUCUUUACAAGACAAUAACACAAAGGAAACUGCUUUGAAGGUCUCAAGUGGAGCAUCAGUAUGUGCUCAACUUGAUGCUGAAGGGUGACAAAGAUGCUCUUGCAUUGGUAGAGAGUUGGGCUCAGUAGGCCCAAAUGUUGCUCCAAGAUCUAAGAUUUUAUCAUUCAACAGACAGACUCAUGUGAGAGGGCUCAUCAGUCUCUGUAAAUAUUGGUUGCAGAAUUUAGGGGCAGAAGCAAUGGCUUGUGAGUGAGCAAGUUACUCUUAACACAGAUUGCCUUACACAGUGGCUCCUACAGUGUGAUCAGCAGGAGUCUUUGUCCUUCAAAUCUAUCCUUUUAAGGAUGUAUGAAAUUCUGGAAUUCAUUCCCUCAGAAUCUGAAGACUUCAGUUCUCAAAAAUGAAAAGUUGCAAGAAUACGAUGCCUGAAACUGAAAGUUUUUCACAUGUUUUCACUGUAUACUGAAAAUAUGCCCCUGGAAGCAGGGCUGCAUCAUGAUUUGUGUGAGCUUUAUGUACUUUUGCCUUUGUGAACCACUUCCUACAUUCAAAGUAGUAGUAACAAAUAUAUAUAUAUAUAGAAAUGUAUAUUUAUAACUGCAUUGAUAAAAGGCGAAUAUAUUAGCAUUUUCUUCAGCCUAAAAGUUUAUGUAUUUUCUUCUGAUUUUAAAAGAAAUUAAAAACAUUUAGUGGACCCUUACAAGUAUUGUGGGUCAGGUUCUGAUGAGAGCAAUUUUCCAGGUUGCGAACUGCUUGCUGCCUUCUCAGUGUCCUUCCAUGGUGGAAAGUGCAAAUCAACUCCCUUGAGCAUUUUUUAUAAGACACUAAUCCCGUCCCUGGAGGCUCCACCAUCAUGACCCAAUUACUUCUCAAAGGCUCUCUUCUUAAUACUAUCAGCUUGGGGGUUAGGAUUUCAACAUAUGAAAUUGGGGGAGACACAAACAUUCAGACUGUAGUAGGGUAAAUUGACCCUGACUAAAGGUCUGGGGACACUGUCCAAAGCAGUACUGGCAUAAAACUGUAUUGCAGUCUUACAUUUAUCAGAAAUAAUGCGAAUCUUGCAUUCUACAAUGUACUAUAUCCACGUCAGUAUAUACAUAUAUAUGUGUAUGUGUAUAUGUACAUAAAUUCUCCUUAAAUCUCUGGGAAGAAUUGUGCUUAAAAAAAGAACUAUGUUUUGUGCUGUGGCUCAUACCUUAUAUCAGUGGGAGUCUAUGUCUCCUAGUUUGAGAAAACUGAAUAUUAACUUUUUAUUAACAUGAAACAUGGUGGCAAACUGAAUCCUACAAGUAUAGGACCCAGAACACAUCUAUGUUAUUGUCGUUUACAAGAAGAAAUAUGUGUUUGAUCUUUCUUCCUAUUCCUGGUGCAGAGCUCCUAAAACCUUUGGGACCUCCCAAGUGAUGUGUCUGGUAGUAUGCAAAUGACAUGACUGAUGGUUAGUGGCUUCUGAAUGGCCUCAGAAUGGGGUCUGGUUGCCAGGGAAACCAACCAUGUGUUUAGAGGGCUGGAACUUUCAGUCCCACUUCCAGACCUUGGGGAAGGGAGAGGGGCUGAAGGUUGAGUCGCUCACAAAUGGAUAAUGAUUUAAUCAAUCAUGCCUACGAAUAAAACUUCCUAUAAAAAUCCAAAGGACAGGGUUCAGAGAGCUUCUGCGUUGCUCAAUACAUGAGCGGUGGUGUGCCCAAAGGGACCGUGGAAGCGCCAUGCCCCUUCUGCCAAACCUGUUCCUGUGCAUCUCUUCCAUCUGACCAUUUCUGAGUUAUAUUCUUUUAUAAUAGACGGAUGAAAGUAAAUAAAGCUCUUUCCUGAGAUUCAUUGGAACCUCUGCUUUGUAGUCAUGUCAGAUAGAAGAUGUGAGUAACUUUGGAACCUACUGCUUGUGACUGGUGUCUGAAGUUGGGGGAGGUCUUAUGGGACUGAGCCCUUAACCUGCUGGGGGUCUGCACUUAAUGCUGAUUAGUGCCAGAAUUGAAUUUAAGAUAUCCAGUUGGUAUUGGAGAAUUGGCCAGUGUGGGAGAAAACUCAUACAAUUGGUGGCAAGCAGUGUUCAGUGUUGUGUGAAUGUCAAUUUAAAAAGGUUUGUUUUUUUCUACAUACAAUAUCUUUGGGAACUUGGAGGUGCAGGGUCAGACGUCUGUGUGUGUAUCUGGCAGGGACAGAACAGGGAUUAGGGAUGUGAAGUAGAGUUUUCAGAAUAAAGGGAGACAAAAUUCAGCAAAGAAUUCUCCUUCUUAAUCUUUCUUGACUUGAAGUUUGUCUGCCUUUAAGUGUCUUCUGAGCUGGAAAAAUACACAUAGGAACCAAUGCCCAUGCCUCGCUUGCAGUGCUUGAGAGGCUGAAACAGAAGUUCUAUAGAAGUAGGUUAGUUGUGAGAAACUGAGGAUUGAGAAGUCAUAUCUAGGGCAUAUUUCUGCUACCCUCAACUCCAGGGACUUUCUGUACUCAGAACGCUUACACUCAUGACAAUGACUGCCUCAUUCAAGAAACUCCAAGCUGACUGGCAAGAAGCCGGCAGUCUGGGUACUUGGUGCUGCAGCUUAAUAAGUAGCAGAGGAACUCAUCCUCCUCCUCUGGAAGAAGCCACUUAACAGGUUCUCAUCCUGACUGCUGGUCCUAAAUUCUUUAACAGUCCUUUACUCAGGAACAAAACAAGUCCAAGAAAACUUAUCUGUCCCACGAAUUGUCCUGGAGGCAGUGGAGCAAGAUAGGGAGAGCAAAUUGGUGUCUGCUCUUGAGUAUCCUGAGGGAAUGGGUAUCCAGAGGCAGCAGCAUGGGUUGGCUUUGAUAGCAGAGACUUUAAGAUGUGUGGACCAUUAGUUGUCUUUGGAUGUGCUCCCUAGAGGUUGCGCCUGACACAGGGAGCUGUGUAUACAUGAUUUAUUAAAAAGGAAAUCCUCUUAGGAGAAACAUAUUAGCAGGAUAAACACAAGAAAGAAUGCAGUUUCAAGUGGAGUCUUAAUCAAUCCCACAGGAAAUUCUGGGACUUCAGCCUCAGCUUGACCUAUGGGGGCUCUGGAAUGUCAGCUUCCUCCUGACCCAACUGUGCUCUGGGGCUUCCAUUGCAGCCAAGAGUCAUUCCGGGGCAAAAGAGAGCAUUCCUCAUAAAACUCCAGGUGAGGAGUCUCCAUUGGUCCAAGGGUGAUCUUCCAGAGGAGGUUACACCGCAGAACUGAGACAUUGGCACCCUGAAUUUGGAUAUCUAGAGAGGGCACCCAAAGGUCAUACUAAUGUCUGCCACAACAGUCUCUUCCAGGUCUAGAAUUGAAGCGUAUGGAGGGGGUCCUUGGGCUAGAGUUAACCCAAGCCCAGGCUUACUCCCUUUUUAUACUUCUAAUUUUCCCUGAAGGUCUUGUCUUCUCCCUACCACCACUACCCUAUUACACAAGAGGAAAGGAUUGCAGAAUGCUCUUGAAAAGAAUGUGAUGCUUUCCUAUACAAGGAAUAUACUCAAGGAAAAAUUUCAUGGCACAUAAUGCUGAUUCUGUCCAAUUUAUCCCAUGAAUAAAUUGUGUACACGUAUAUAU